UGUGGGAGGUAGGCAGGGCGAGACCGGGUCCAGAGGGAGGGGGCCCCGGCGCGGACUGCUCAGGAACGUCCUGGCCGCGAACCCCCUGGUGUCCGACCCACUGCGCGGGUCAGACGAGAGAUCUGGCGGCCCUUGUCCCGCAGCUGCAGGUCUGAAUGGGAAGCUUAGAACUGCUGUGCCCAUCCUGCUCCCAGGUGAUGAUACAGCCAAAAUCCAGAAGAGGGCGAAGCGAAGAGGACCUUAGAAGGCUGGACUCCGUGUGGUAUGUGAUGAUGGACGGUACACGUAUUGUUUAAGCCAGACCGGGUCAGAGUUGUCUGUUAUUUGCAGCCAAAUGCGUCCCAACAGACACUGUCUCUUACAGCCCUUGGUACCCUGAGACGUAUUUCUUGUCUGGGACUGAGUGACUUGGGCAAGGCCAGAACUGGGCUUCCUUAAUCUCUGUAUCCUCUGUGCCUGGCCACUGUCGGUCUCUGAAUAUUGGCACUUGAACUAUGAAUGCGCCUCCCAAACGGAAGAGUGCCACCGUGUGGUGCCCUGGACUUAACCAUCCAAAACAGGAUUCUCAGUUCUCUCCCUCACUCUUCCUCACACAUCUAAUACGCGGCGUCACCAUUCUCCCUUCCCCUCACCCUACACCUAGCCCAGUACCCAGUCCUGCUGGUUCUCUCUCCAAAAUAUAUGCUGAACGUGAACACGUCUCUCUCCACUAUCAGUGCUGGUUCAGACGGGGACCAUGUCUCAUCUGGGCUACCUCACGAUUUUUCCAAGGAACCUCCCGGCUUCUACUCUUAUUCUCAGUACCUGUCAAAUGCAUCCUUCACGCAGCAGCCAAAUCGGUCUUUAAAAUGUGGAUCAGAAUUUAAUCCCCCUUCAAUGACUCCUUCUGACACUUAGCAUAAAAUCCAUACUCCUCCUUGAAAUGGGUGAGUUGUACGGCAGGUAAAUUGUAUCUCAAUAAAGCUGUCAUCAAAAAUCCAAACUCGGCCUGUGGCCCCCAGGGCCUGCAUAAUGUGGCCCCUGGUACCUCUGAGCCCAUCUAGUAUGCGUUUCCUCUCCCUGCCAGCCACACGGACCAUCCUGCUGUUCAGCAAACAUCCCACCAUUGUUUCCACCUCACAGUCUUUGCAGAUGUUUUUCCUUGUCGCUUUCCCCGUGGCUCGUUCUUUCUCAUCACUCCAGUCCCACCUCACAUGGCACCUCUUCUAUCUAAAGUAGCACCCAGAUCAUCCUUUUAGCAGCUCUCCUCCUUUGAUUUUCUUCCUAGCACCUAAAUAUCCAAAAUUAUCUUAGUUUGCUUGGUUGUUUGGUUAUUUUUUUCUGUCUCAGGACAGUAAGAACUUGUGUUUUACUCAAAGAACAGUGCCCGACACUUACGGGAAUUGUGUGUUGAAUCAUUGCAGUUGGGUAUUUGUGUUGGGCUUGUUAAGUUUCCUGCUGUUUGCAAUGGAAAGCACAUUGUGCAUUCACAUUCAUUUUUAAAAUAAAGCUGAGUCAGUGUAACUUUUGGUGCCUCUACUGUAUUACCCAUAAGGUGGGGACAGAGUGGCAAGGAUAAACGGUAUGAUUUUUAAGAUUUCCUGUAGCUCUGACUUCUCAAGGGAGGGCAGGGCCAGGUGUCACCGAAACGAGUAGUGGGCUGGCCCCCAACUUCGUGGCAAAAUGAGGACGAGGACCCAGAGCUUUGUCAUCAGUGCCCCUCAGCAAACGUUUUGGAAGCUCGAGGGUAUCCUUCACUCGUCCCUACCAGCUAGCCUGGCAGUGCCUCUGCAGAAAGCUCUGUGGACAUUGCCCUGGGUACUGACGGCACUGCACCACCCCAGCCGGGUGGCAUCAGCCCUCUCCCAGAGGACUGCACCAGUCUCUCUGCUUCCAGUUCCCCAGCCCCAGCCCCAUACUGGACCCGGAUGCCCUUUCAGGCACAGAAUUCUGAUCCCAUGCACGGCACACAGAGGUGGCUAGAGGCACUCCAAUCGGAAACACUUUGUGAAGGUCACACAAAAGCAACUGAGUAAAAGGCACUUGAGAGGUGGCCCAGGUCGGUUGGCCAUGCCUGGCUUCCUACAGGAGGACACACUUCGAAGCCUGAAACCGGAGGCAGGAAUAUUGACAGAAGUGAGGGAAAUGGUGUGUGUGGGUUCUGGGAUAGAGCCUAAGCAGACCUGCAGUGCUUUAGGCUGCCAGACUGUCCCAAUGGAGCAGACUACGAUUUGGAGGGGCAGGAGGUCCAGGCCAAAGCACCGGGGCUGACUGACACCCCAGGAAAGAAGACAAAGUACUAGAAAUUCCCUCCUCUUAGGGUCAAGAUGACCUCCAAAAGAAUCCCACAAGCAACCACUUCCCCUUCAGUCAGACUCUGGUUUUCCUUUGAAGAGCCACCCUCUGCCGUGCUCAGCCCAUGGAGUUGGAUGGGAGGUGAACUCCUCCCGGUUUCAGGUGGGUCCAUGAUCAGGUGUGUAUACGUUGCUCACAGUCGUGGGAUUAGUAUUGUUUCAACCCCAGUUGGUGCACUGACGGUCAGUCAGUGAGUUGGUGCACAGCCCGGUGAUCACAGAUCCCGCAAGUUGGGGGCUCAGUCCCUCACAAGACGGUGCCUACUUUGGACGCCAGCUGCAAGUGGAGUCCCCCAGCCAUGUACACGCUAACUCGCUAGAGAUCUGGCAGUUUCCCAUGACCCCUCUCAGGUUCGAUAAUUUGUUAGAACCACUCAUAGAAUGCAGGAAAAUGUGCUUAUGAUUCCACUUUUAUAAUAAAGGAUACGAGUCAAGAACAGCCAAUGAAGAGACACAGGGAGGGUCCAAAGGCAGAGCUUCUGUGCCUUCCCCCCAUGGAAUUGGCAUAACACUCCCGUGGAACAUGAAUGGAUCCACCAACCAGGAAGCCCCACUGAGCUUCACUGUCCUGAGUUUUUAUUGGGGUUUCGUUACUUAGGCAUGAUUGAUUCAAUUGUUGCCACGUACGUGACUGACUCACUCUUCAGGCGCCUCCCCUCCCUAGAGGUCGAGCCAGGUCAAAUUCCCAACCCUCUUAUCCCAAGGUUGGUCUUUCUGGUGACCAGCCCCCAUCCUGAAGCUUUCGAGGGGCUUGCCACGAGUCACCUCAUCCACAAAAGCUCAGGUGUGACCCAAGGGGCUCAUGAAGAACGGACACUUGUCUCACUUGGGAAGUACUAAGCAUUUGUCAUCGCCCACAAAUCUGUGCCAGGAACAUGAGACACAGAUCAAACAAUUUCUUUAUUGUACAAUAGAUAAAGGGGUCAUUGGGUGACCCAGGCUGAGCUGAUGAGAUUCAACCCUACUGCGUUUUUUGGAGCUAUUGGGAAAGCUCUGAUCUUCUCCUGCCAGGGCUGUUAAUCUGGAAGAAUGUAAGCUUGCAGCUGCUGGUUGCCGUCUUGCUACCUAUGAAGGUUCAACCUGCCUGAGAAUGAAGACAGUCCAGAGGAAAGCAGAGCUAAGGGAAUGAGACCAAGUUCAAAUGGUCACUGUUUGAGCUUCUGGCUCCAGCCAUGCCUGAAGUCAUUCUAGCUCUUGAGUUUUCAAUUCUGUGAACCAAUAAACUACAGCUCUUUUCAUGUUUAACCUACCUAAGAUUGUGUUUCUAUUACUUGUAGCUGGAAGCAUCCUGAGUGUUUCAUUCUCUGUUCCUGAGGAAGACGUGUUUCUCCAUUUCGUAUUAAAACCUUGGCUGCACCUGGGGCCUUUCACACCUUCCCUAAACCUCGUUCUUUUAAUAACCAUCCUUUCUACUGACACCUUUCUCCUUAGACUUCUGACAUAACCAAGGCCCCCUCAGGAUAUAAACAGCAAAUCUUUUCACCCUUUCAAACUAUAACCUCCUUCUCUCUCUCCUUCCCUUUUUGGCCAAACUGUGUAGCACAGCUUUCCAACAUCCCUCCUCCCACAUAUUCACCUUCAUUCAUUCCUUGAUCCACGACCAUCUGGCUUGCGUUUCUACCACUUCCCUAAAAUUACUCUCUAGGACCAAGGUCACUCAGCAACAACAGUCUUCAGUGUCCUAUAGGAAGACAGUAACCGUGCCAUGGACCCGUUUAUCAUUCGUGUGUGAUGUUUGUCCACCCCACACACACACACACAUACACACACCAUACUCCCACAUCCUCUGGUCUUUGGUGUGUGGUUUCUCUUCAACAGUUAGAACUUUCAGGGUUUCCUUUUUUAGGAAUGCCCUCAGGCUACUGGACGUUUUGCCAUGAAGUGCCUGGGGAUUGACAUGUCCCAGGGGUAGUCCUUGGUCAACAGCUGAGCAGUGUUGGUAUAUGAAAGGCCCAGCUCCCUUGUUCCCGGAGAAAUCUCAGGCAUAUCUUACAUCUCCCUUGUGAGAUCAAGUUGAACUACCGUCUGCCCAAGAUCACAUGCUUGCUUGGUUUCCUCUCCUCUCCUCUCCUGCUUCUCCCACUCCCUUACUGGUUUCUCCCGGUAGAACUUUUUAAAUAAAUCACUCGCCCACAAAUCCUGAUCUCAGGGUCUGCUUCUGGGAAACCUGGCCCAAGACAUCUCAGUACUGUUUACUCCUCUUUCUUUGCCUGCCUGUUAAAUGUUGCUUGUUCCCCAGAAUUAGGUCCUGGCCCUCUUCUCUCUACAUAUAUUAUCCGGACAAUCUCCUGCCUGUCCAUGGCUUCAACCACGACUCAUGCCUCAUCAUCACCAAACUGCUUCCUGCAGCUCAGACCCUUCCCCCACCUCUGCUGGACAGCUCCACCUCCUCCACGAACACUUUCCAUGUAUGUACUAUCUAAUCCAGCAGUCAGUAGCCACGUGUAGCUAUUUUAACCAGUCAAAAUGACAACUUGUUCCUUAGUCACACCAGCCAGAUUUGAAGGGCUCAAGAGCCAUGUGGCUGCCACACUGGACAGUGCCAAUAUAACACAUUUCAUUCGCUGCAGAAAGUGUUAUCGGACCGCUUAUUAGACCCAUCAUUCUCAAACCUAAUCCAUUACCACCAGUCCCUUGUUUCCUCAACAUGCGUCUUUGUCCUAAACAGUGGGGCAAGGCUAGAGAAAGAGUGCGUAAGGGUAUCUGGGACAGGAAGGGGACCACAGAACUAAAAUCUUUUGCGUUGCCAUGCUCCCUUGAACUGGGAAGAUGGGUGGACAGAGAGAAUGGCGCAGGCCUUAACAAAGGCCACCUGUGAGCUUAUGCUAAUUUGGUUAGACGAGAGGUGCAGCUGGGAGACUUGGGAUGGCGAGGCCAGAACGUGCGCAAUGAAUUUUUCCAACUCCGUCCGACAGCCUCAGCUUUGGACAAACAUCCUCGCGUGGGUCCAGGCAGGUAUCCAUCUUCAAGCUCUUGCCUCUGUGUUCCAGGAAAAGCACUUAAGCUAAAAUCGGUUCUGGAAAUUUUAUUGCAAAUCUCAGAAAAGACGCAUGAUGCUUCCACUAGAGUUGCUCAGCUCUUAGGACUUAGGUCUGGAGCUAUGGAAAGCCACUUUGCCAAGGAGAGGACAGUGCCUGAGAGUGAAGCCAAAUGCAUGGGGAAUACAGAGCCCAGAGCAGGGGAACCCCAGGUUCUUGGUAUCUUUGGGCCCUUCUAUUCAGCUGGUCCUGAAGGAGCUUUAUCCACGCUGGAUUUUUCAAAUGCUUGAGCAAGUAAGGGGCCCUUAUUGCUUAGACCAGCGGGAGCUGGUGAAUGAGAGACGGGGCAGAUAGGAUCUCUUCGUGCUCAUGAUUUCAACUACCCCCUAUACGUUAACGAUUCUCAAUUCCUGACGGCUCUCCGGAGUUGCAGACUGUUCGUCCACCUGCUUCCUGUCGCCCACAAGCACGUCCAAAACUGACCUCGUUAUGUCUACCCCCCAUCUUUAUCUCCCGUCUCAGACACUAAGACUCCUGGAGCCUCUAAUCCCUUUUCUCCGAGAAGCCAAGGUCGCAAAUUCAGGCUCCGCCUCCUCGCGGGGCCUCCCCAAGGUCACUCGCGUCCUUUCGGGCCCAGCUCCUUGGGGGCGGUGUCCGCGAAGCCCUCGGCCGCAGGGGCCCGGCGCUCUAGGCUGCAGCGGGUCCCUCCUAACGCCGUUCCAACGCGCUGGCUUCCGGUGCCCGGGGGUCGCUCUAGCCUCCCACAGGGCCUCGCGACUCUAUCCCCUCAGGUGGCUUCUCUAUGGUCGACUGCUGUCCUUUGUCCUGGAUUUCUUCUUGGGGAAGAUGCUCUGGUGGGACCCAACCCCCUCCUACGACGGCUUAUGUCAUCGAACACUCCGAAAGUCACACCCUGUUAGGUCUCCCGGGGUGCGCGGGGUGGGAGGGUGGCGGAAGUGAGCGCGAAGUUGCCCUUCCCUCUCGCCGCUCCUCUCUAUGGUCGCUUCCUGCGGUGACCGGAAGAGGGGUCCCGACGCCUGCGCAGAAGCAGGCUGGGAGCUAGUCGCGGAGUGGGGGGGGCAGGGAGUGGGAGCUGCCGCCGCUGCCGCCGUCGCCGCCGCCGCCGGAGCUAACCGCGGGGACCGAGAUGCAGCUGCUGCCGCUCACCCUGUGUCUUCUGGCCGCUUCCCUCUUUGCUGCCCCUCCCCACAGGCUCCCCCCGGCCACCUCCUGGGGACCAUCAUGAAUGGUACCCCUUCCCCGGAGGAUGGGGCCUCCCCCUCUCCUCCCCCCUUGCCACUGCCCCCGCCCCCUAGUUGGCGGGAGUUCUGUGAGUCCCAUGCCCGGGCUGCUGCCCUGGAUUUUGCCCGCCGUUUUCGCCUCUACCUGGCCUCCCACCCUCAGUACGCAGGGCCUGGGGCCGAGGCUGCCUUCUCCCGCCGGUUUGCUGAGCUCUUCCUGCAGCAUUUUGAAGCUGAGGUGGCCCGGGCCUCUGGCUCCCUCUCACCACCCAUCCUGGCUCCCCUGAGUCCUGGCGUGGACGUCCCACUGCAUGACCUGUCCCUUGAGACCUGCAGGGUAGGCGGCCCCCUGGCCGUGCUGGGCCCUUCCCGAUCAUCUGAAGACCUGGCCGGCCCCCUUCCUUCUUCGGUCUCUUCCUCUUCUACGACCUCCUCAAAGCCGAAGCUAAAGAAACGCUUCUCCCUCCGUUCCGUGGGUCGCUCUGUCCGCGGCUCCGUCCGCGGCAUCCUGCAGUGGCGGGGGACUGUGGACCCUCCCUCCCCAACGGGGCCCCUCGAGACCUCGUCAGGGCCCCCAGUCUUAGGAGGAAACAGCAACUCCAACUCCUCGGGCGGGGCUGGGACCGUGGGCAGGGGACUGGCUAGUGAUGGGACAUCCCCGGGGGACAAAUGGACUCACCGUUUUGAGAGGCUGAGACUCAGUCGGGGAGGGGCCGCCAUGAAGGACGGAGCAGGGCUGGUACAGAGGGAAGAGCUGCUGAGCUUCAUGGGGGCUGAAGAGGCAGCCCCUGACCCCGCCGCCGUGGGCCGGGGAGGAGGGGCCGCGGGGCCGACCUCAGGGGGAGCAGGGCCUCAGUGGCAGAAGUGUCGCUUGCUGCUGCGGAGUGAAGGAGAAGGAGGAGGAGGAAGUCGCCUGGAGUUCUUUGUACCACCCAAGGCCUCUCGGCCCCGACUCAGCAUCCCGUGCGCCUCCAUCACGGACGUGCGGACCACCACGGCCUUGGAGAUGCCGGACCGGGAGAACACGUUCGUGGUGAAGGUGGAAGGCUCCUCCGAGUACAUCCUGGAGACCACGGAUGCCGUCCGCGUGAAGGCCUGGGUGUCGGACAUCCAGGAAUGCCUGAGCCCGGGGCCCUGCCCCGCUACCAGCCCCCGCCCCAUGACCCUCCCUCUGGCCCCUGGGACCUCAUUUCUCACACGGGAGAACACGGACAACCUGGAGCUGCCCUGCCUGAAUCACUCAGAGAGUCUGCCCAGCCAGGAUUUGCUUCUGGGGCCCAGCGAGAGCAACGACCGCCUGUCGCAGGGGGCGUAUGGGGGCCUCUCAGACCGCCCCUCGGCGUCCAUCUCCCCCAGUUCCGCCUCCAUCGCUGCCUCUCAUUUUGACUCAAUGGAACUGCUCCCCCCCGAGCUGCCUCCCCGCAUCCCCAUUGAAGAGGGGCCGCCAGCAGGGACGGGUCACCCACUCUCGGCCCCCUACCCACCCCCGGACACUCCGGAAACAGCCACAGGGUCCUUCCUGUUCCAGGGGGAGUCAGAGGGCGGUGAGGGGGACCAGCCCCUCUCAGGGUAUCCCUGGUUCCACGGGAUGCUCUCGCGGCUCAAGGCUGCCCAGUUGGUACUGGCUGGAGGCACGGAUGCCCAUGGCGUGUUCCUGGUACGUCAGAGCGAGACGAGGCGGGGCGAGUACGUCCUCACCUUCAACUUCCAGGGCAAGGCCAAGCACCUGCGUUUGUCGCUGAAUGAGGAGGGCCAGUGCCGGGUCCAGCACUUGUGGUUCCAGUCCAUCUUCGAUAUGCUCAAGCAUUUCCGGGUGCACCCUAUCCCUCUGGAGUCCGGAGGCCCCAGCGACGUGGUUCUCGGCAGCUACGUCGUGUCCUCCCAGCGACAGCAGGGCCGAGAGCAGGCCGGGAGCCAUGCAGGGGUGUGCGAGGGCGGUCGCUGCUACCCCGAUGCCUCCUCCACCCUCAUGCCCUUCGGAGCGAGUGACUGUGUAACCGAACACCUCCCACCACCCACCCCAGCCCCCUGAACCCCCUUCAUGGACAGAUCCCCCACAUCCUGGGGCAGAAGAGGCGUCGACGCCAGAAGUGGCGGCAGCAGCAGCCGCAGCAGCCAAAGAGAGGCAAGAGAAAGAGAAAGCGGGCAGCGGAGGGGGCCAGGAAGAGCUGGUCCCCGUGGUUGUAUUGGAAGAGGCCGUAGCUCUGGGCCCGGAGGUCCAAGGAGGUGCUGGAUCUGGUGGGGCCCCGGGGGCCACCCCGAUGGUGCAGCUCCAGCAGUUACCACUAGGAGGCGAUGGAGAAGAAGGGGGCCAUCCCAGAGCCAUCAAUAACCAGUACUCCUUUGUGUGAGACACCCCACCCAACCCUUUCUCCACUCGUCUCGCUCCUGGCGCUCCUUCCUGAGACGGGCUGGGCGGGGGCAGAGAGGACUGGUCGGAACCCGCACCCCCCAUGCUUCCUGACCCUUGGUGGCCGAGGGCAUGUAUGUUGUUACAAGAAGAGGCUUGAGAGCCCUGUUAGCUCCUGGUUCGUACACUACAGGUGCCCCGUCCCCUUGGUGGGGGGUGGGGCUCCAUUACCUCCCUGAGGGGCUCUUCUGCUCAGCCCCGCCCCUGGUGGCCAUGUCCCCAUUACACACCCCCAGCCCAAGGACGGGUGAGGGGAAGGGCUGUCAGUUAAAAUUAAGAUGGUUGUUGUUGUUGUUUUAAACAAAAUGGAGAAGCUUAACUAAAUAAAAGGGUUUAUCUCAGUUCCAUCCUG